CGCCUUGGAAAGAAUUAGAGGCGAAUCUCUGUACAUAUCUUUUUUAUACCAGUGUUGAUUCAAUCACCGACAGCACAAGUGGUUUUAUGCUGUGCUGCUUAUGCUGUCAAUUGCGUGACAUUAAAUUUGUAAACAACAUUAGCCUGUGGUAGAAAAGUUUACAUACAUCAUCACACGUCAAUAAAAAUAGUGAAUCCCAGAACACUAAUCUUUAUUGAUUUCGUUUGUCCGAAAAUUUAUGUAUAUUUUGUUAUUCGUUGUGGUACGAAAACAUAACCGCUUAUCACAACAUGAUGUGAUUAGCUUUAGUAGCAGAGCGAGAGAAGAGGAACCACUUCCAAAACGCUGCAACAUUACUAGUCACAAACAACGAUUUCGCGCAGAAAGGUGCGGCGGCUAUGAUAACUACGAAGUACUUUUUCCUUCUGGUAUUGAUCGCUGCCGGUCUGGUAUUCGUUGUGCUGUUUCAUUGGUUUGCCUCAUCAAAAUAUGGCUCAGAGGAACGAUUGUUCGUCCACUAUGAUUCGGAUACAGAUAGGCUGCUGGAGAGCAAAGUUCAUCAUUGGCAAACAAUGAGCAAUCAAAGAAACACUGCGCUGAGUGCUCUCAAUUUUGAUGAGCAGCUGAUAGUCAUUUACAAUCGCGUUCCAAAAACUGGCAGCACCAGCCUUGUUAAUCUCACCUACGACCUUUGUCGAAAAAAUGCAUUCCACGUGCUCCACGUCAACAUUUCGGCCAACAUGCACGUAAUGUCCUUGCCGAAUCAGAUUCGGUUCGCUCGCAAUGUGACCGCUUGGGAGGCGAUGAAGCCCGCUUUUUACCAUGGCCAUUUAGCUUAUUUAGAUUUUUCCAAGCUUGGUAUUCCUGCACCUAAACCGCUGUACAUUAAUCUGAUCCGCAAGCCAUUGGAUCGUCUGGUUUCGUAUUAUUACUUUUUACGGUACGGCGAUGACUAUCGGCCACAUCUGGUGCGUCAUCGUGCCGGAGACACAAUGACAUUCGACGAAUGCGUGGCCCGGCAGAAACCUGACUGUGAUCCGACGAAUAUGUGGCUCCAGAUACCGUUCUUCUGUGGUCACGCUGCUGAGUGCUGGAAGCCCGGAAGCACCUGGGCUCUGGAGGAGGCGAAGAGAAACCUUGUUAACGAGUACUUUCUCGUAGGUGUUACCGAGGAGAUGACUGAAUUUGUUGAUUUGCUGGAACUGGCUUUGCCCAGGUUAUACAGAGGCGCCUCGGAACACUUCCUCAAGUCGAACAAAUCGCAUCUUCGCAAAACCAAAUCUAAGAUCGACCCACAGCCGGAAACAGUGGCCAGCAUUCAGCAGUCCACGGUGUGGCAGAUGGAAAACGAACUGUACGAGUUCGCGCUGGAGCAGUUCCACUUCGUCCAGAAGAAGCUUCGCACCCCAGGUAAGAGCGGAAUGCAAGACUUUUUCUACGAAAAAAUCAAACCAAAUCAAAAUGUUGCCGUUCGGAAUUAGUCCACUUUUCUUAAGAGUAAUUUUUUGGAUGGAAUAUGCGUGAUUUUUUAUCAUUAUUUGGAUUUGUCCAAGUAGGAAAAAAAACAAAAGGAUAUUAGAAGCGAAUCUAGAGAAUAAAUAUGUUGAUUAAUUGUAACGUUUAUUUCAUAAAAUGUGUAUCGGAAGUGUGAAUGUGUUUUUAGGAAAGGCACAAAUUUGUUUGGAAUUUUGCAAAACUUGGAAUAGAACAUAAAUGUGAGCAUGGAUUGAGCAUGUUUUAAGCUAAUGAGGAAACAAAAGUCAUUUUAUAAACUAUUAUUGUUCGAUUUACCUAAUAGCUUUCUUAGGUUCAUUCCACACCGUGUUGAUUGUUUCCACUUUUGAAAAGCUUCAAUUAGUGUGAUAUAGGCAAGGGUAUCGACACGUACAAUAAAAUAAAGAAAGACAAAAUUUGAAUAAAAGACACUUUUAUAUUGCUGCA